GAGCUCCGCGUGCUCGCGCCGUCUCGAACUCGCCUGGUCCGUUCGCUCUGCCGUGUUGUGACAGCUUCCGCGCGGGACGACGACGGCUGCCGAUCGCGGCGGCCGCCCGCGUGACCUGCGGGCUGUCGCUUCAAGACCAGGAAGCCGGCCGGCAGCGGGACUGCCGGUGCCCCUUCCCCGUUGUCGCGGCGAAAGGAUCCCGCCUCGUCCUGUCGCCAGUGGAGAAAACUGCGCGCCGACGAGCUGCUGCUGCUAUCGACGGACGUCGAGGCCAUGCGCACUGUGAGCGCGGACCGCCGGCCGGCCGCGUGAGCAGUGCCAUGGGCGUGUCCGAUGGCGGCCUGGCCAACGGCCACGGGCCGGGCUACUCCUACCUCAAGCGCCUCUGCCGGGACCGGGGCACGCUCUUCGAGGACCCGGAGUUCCCGCCCUCGAACCGCGCCCUCUCGUCCAAGAACAAGUACGCUAGCGCCCAGGUCGUCUGGAUGAGGCCUUACGAAAUAUGUGCCAGACCAAAGUUUAUCUCGGAAGGUUCGUCGCGGUUUGAUGUCGAGCAAGGGGAACUGGGAGACCGCUGGCUGCUGUCCGCCAUCUCAUGCCUGACGAGCACGCCCCGGUUCCUGGACCGCGUGGUGCCGUCCGACCAGGGUUUCGGCCCGGGAUACUGCGGCCUGUUCCGCUUCCGCUUCUGGCGCUUCGGCGAAUGGCACGAGCUGGUCGUCGACGACCGGCUGCCCACGCACCGGGGACGCCUCUUCUACAUGCACUCGGCAGACCCCAGCGAGUUCUGGGCGGCACUGCUCGAGAAGGCGUAUGCCAAGUUCUACGGCGGCUACGACCAGCUGCAGGCCGGCCACACGGGCCGGGCGCUGCAGGAUCUGACCGGCGGCGUGGCGCAGACCUUCCGCAUGGCGCACGUGGACCCACCCAUGGCCUUCUCCAUGGUGUCCAGCGCUGUGCCCCGCUCCACGCUCAUGGCCGCCUGCAUUAUACCGGACCAUCACAAGGGCCCCGCACGACUAAAUAAUGGCUUGUACACCCAACAUGCCUACAGCGUGACGGGUAUAGCAAAGGUGCGCGUCAAACAGGGAGAGGUGACGCUCAUCCGGCUGCGCAACCCGUGGGGCCGCGGCGAGUGGAACGGGCCCUGGAGUGACCGCUCGUGGGAGUGGGACAGCCUCUCCGAGAGGGACCGGCAGCUUCUCGGACUGCGGCAACCGCCCUCCGACGGAGAGUUCUGGAUGUCCUUCGAGGACUUCACGCUGAACUUUACGCAUCUGGACCUUGUGCAUAUCGGGCCGGACGACUGGAUGCAGGAGUCAGCGCUUCAUAGCAAGAAGCCCUGGCGCGCCGUGCUGGCCAGGCGUCGCUGGAGGGCCGGGUACAACGCCGGUGGAGGACCGAACCACCCUGAAACCACGGGAUGCAACCCCCAGUUUCACGUGCAAAUCCCAAAGACAAACUCAAGUAAAUGCCACAUGGUGGUGUCCGUGACGCAGCAGUACGUCACAGAUGCCCUACGAGAUUCUGGAAAGAAGCCCACGUUGCACCCUGUCGGUUUCGCUAUAUACGAGAUCCCGGCGAACCUGACGCGGCUGACGACGCAGUUCGUGGCCACGCACCGGCCCUUGGACGUCACGGUGCACACGACGACGCGCGAGACGGUCACCUUCUUCACGCUGCCCGCGGGCGACUACAUCGUGCUGCCCUGCACCAGCGCGCCCAACUGCGAGACGCGUUUCCUGCUGCGCAUCUUCACCGACGAGCACAGCAACGUGUGGGAAGUCAACGAUGACAACCUAAUCUACCGCAAUUUGAGUUUGACAAAGAAUGGGACUACGGGUCAUCCGAAAGGACCUGCCAUGUUUUCAAAGCUAGCGCACAAGCUACCAUGUGAGCUUGACGCCUACAUGCUGCUCAAGAUUUUGCGGGCCAUCUCCAGAAAAAACCUGUGCCUUUCAGAUACGCAGCUUCUGCUGGAGAAGCCGACUCUGGAGCUGUGCCGGCACCUCGUCAUGCUGAAGGAUCCCGUGAUAAACGGCAAGAUAAACAUCAAGGACGUGCCCUUAAUCCUGGGCAUGCUGCACUUUUGGCGGAGUGUCUUCGUGAAGUUUGACCGGCCGCACAAAGGGCGAACGAGCAGCUUCAACUUGAGGCCGCUUUUGUGGGAAGCAGGGAUCACGGUGAGCAACAAGGUACUGGAAUGCUUGGUCAUCCGCUACACCAAAGACUGCACCAUCACGGCGGAGGCUUUCAUCGGAGCUCUAGUCAAGCUGUACCUGGCACACGACAGGUACAGUCAAGUGGAAAAGAAGCUCAAGGAGAACACCAUCUCCCUGGAAGAGAUGAUCUUGAUGACGGUGUACUCCUGAGACCUAAAGGACAAAAGCGAGAUACUUUUACGAAGACAUCCCGAUCCUGUCGUGGUGCCGGGUUCCAUGGACAGAGACUUCGAAAUAGGCGAGUCGCGCACCGCGACUCCAAAAUAUGUAAUAUAUACUAAUCUAUCGAGAAAACAAAACUUUAUCGAGAACUUUGUACCUUGCGUGCGUGUGCGAGUGUGGCGCUCGUAAGUGUGUGCGUGCCUGCCCAAAGCGACAUCUUUUCUUUCUAUCUUUCGCAAGAAGGAAAUAAAGGAUGUCUUUUU